AUGUCCAGCGACGAUGAUUUCGAGGUCGAAGUCCCGGAAUUGGCAGCAGACAAUCCCAUGCGGGCAUUUCUGCCAACGGCUUUCGGAAAAAAGGAUAAAACGACGAACACUGCGGCCCAAAUCGACAAGAGUCGCAGGGUAGUGGACGGGAAUACCUCAAUAUUGCAACAGCAGGCAAAAAGGGGCGGCGAUUCUAGCUCAGAUGACAACGACAGCGACAGCGAAAAUGAUUCAGACGAUGGCGAUGAAUACCCAGUCUCCCACGAAAUGGUCAUUCCAACAGCCAGCCGCGCUGUUACCACCGUAUCUCUCGACCCAUCUGGCGGCCGACUUGCGACGGGCUCGACCGACUGUACAGUGAAGCUCCACGACUUUUCCUCCAUGACACCCACAACAAUCCGUGCUUUUCGAGCGACAGACCCGUUUGAAGCAAAAGCCUCCGAAAAUGCAGAACAGCAUCCGAUUCACCAUGUCGAAUUCAACCCACAAGCUGGCAGUGUUUUACUUUGCAUUUCUGCGCACCCACAGGCCAAAUUAUUGUCUCGCGAUGGCGAUGUUCUGACAACAUUCAUCAAGGGAGACAUGUAUCUUCGAGAUAUGCACAACACCAAAGGUCACAUUUCGGAAAUCACGGGCGGUACUUGGCACCCUACGGACAAGAAUCAAUUCAUCACAGCCGGUACAGACAGUACCCUACGAAUUUGGGAUCUUACCAACAAGCGAUCCCAGAAGGAAGUCAUCGUAUUCAAAUCGAAGGCGGCGGGCUCGGCCGGCCGGUCGAAGAUGACGGCCGUUGCAUGGGGAACGCCGGCACAAGGAGGCAACAAUGUCAUCAUUGGAGCUGCCUUGGACGGAACCCUGGUAAUGUACGGCGGCAACGGGCCAUUUUCAAGACCUGCUGGACAAAUUCUGGAAGCGCACAAACCACAGACGUGGACCAGCGGCAUCGAUAUCUCUGGUGAUGGACGCAUGGUUGUCACGCGAGGAGGAGACGAUUUGAUCAAAUUAUGGGAUACUAGAAAAUUCACCAAGCCUCUGGUAACAGUGUCUCAUCCAUCUACCUCGAAUACCCAUCCAACAAGCAACAUUCGCUACGCGCCCAACUCUACCAGCAUCAUCACAGGCUCCGCAACAGGACACUUGCACAUUCUGAACCCAGGGAACCUUCGACCCGAAUAUGUUACGCCCGUUACACCUGGCUCACCUCUUAUUACUGUGGAUUGGCAUCCCAAAAUUAACCAAAUUGUUACAGGGUCUGCGAACGCGGAGACGCGCGUACUGUAUAACCCAGAUAAGUCGACAAGAGGAGCAGUGGAGGUCAUGUCACGGGCGCCGAAGAAGCGACAUAUUGAUGACAACUCAGCAUUGACUACUGACCAGUCGAUGGGCAUGUCUGGCGAUUCUAUUGUUACGCCAGGCGCGAUGCCCAAGAAGACCGGCACUGGCGGCGGCUUAAAGGACCGACGCCGUCCACACGUCCCGCAGCAGACGCCUUUUCAGCGCAGCCAGCCGGACGAGAAGCACGUGGCAGAGAGCAUCCCACUUUCUCGAAUGCUUUACGAAGACCCGCGCGAAGCUCUACUAAAGUAUGCUGACAAGGCAAAGAGUGAUCCGAUGUUUACCAAGGCCUGGAGCAAGACACAGCCGGAGACGCAGUAUGCGAACAUCAGCGAUGACGAGGAUGAUGGCCCGAAUAAAAAGAGGACCAAAAGAUGA